UCAGUUAAUUGGCCUGUUUUGUAGGAUUUAAUCUGGUGGCAUAAGAACCUAGAAAUAAAUCUCUUAGCUACGAUUAGAGAUGAAGGAGAGAUUAGCACAGGCAGGAGAGUUGAAGUGGUUUUCUCCAUCUCCAUUGGUAAGUCAGUGUGAAGACAGAGCAACUACAGAGACAUCAGGAAAUCAGUAUUUCAGUCAUCCUCAGGAUGUCCAAUUCAGGUAUUUUCUCCCUUGAAUUCAACAAGUUACCAGUUUCAAGAUCCUGUUCAGUCCUCUGAAGCAGAUUUCUACUGCACGCCUUGGAUCCAUGCUCCUAAUCAGCUUAUGAGCUUCCCUUGACCUACGCUUCUUUUCCUAAUGCGUGUCUGACUAUGGCUGUCCUCAAAGUCAAAUUCACCAAAACCAAGAGGGACAAAUUGGCUCAGAUCUUAUGGAUCCUCAACUGGGUUUCUGUAGUGAGUGGGAUCAUUCUCUUCAGUCUUGGCCUCUUUCUGAAAAUAGAGAUCAAGAAGCGCAAUGAAGUGAUGGCGAAAGGGGACAUUAACUCUGUCCCCAACAUGCUGAUCUCUGUAGGGGUCAUAGCAUGUAUCAUCAACUUUCUGGGUGGCAAAAUCUGCUAUGACUGCUCAGAUGCAAACAAGUUCUCUCGCUGGAAACUAGUAAUGCUGCCAUACAUCGUAUGUACCUUCUGUUUUACCUUCUGCAUCCUGGUGGGUGCUCUCAUGUGCUAUACCAUGAGGAACGAGCUGGAAGAGUCUCUCUAUCUGGGACUGAGGGAUGCCAUUAAGUUCUAUAAAGACACAGACAUACCUGGGCGAUGUUUCUUAAAGAAAACGGUGGAUUUGUUACAAAUUGGAUUCCGCUGCUGUGGAAACAAUGGCUUUAGAGACUGGUUUGAAAUUCAGUGGGUAUCUCCUCGGUAUCUGAAUAUGGCUUCCAAGGAGGUUCUGGACCGUCUGAAGAGCAACGUUGAUGGGAAGUUCUUGGUGGAUGGAGUCCCCUUCAGCUGCUGCAACCCCAGCUCCCCACGGCCCUGCAUCCAGUACCAGCUGACAAACAACAGUGCUCACUACAACUACGACUUCCUCACAGAGGAGCUCAAUAUCUGGAUGAAGGGCUGCAGAGAGGCCCUGCUGGAUUACUACACUGGUAUCAUGAGAUCCAUUGGCAUUGCAGCAUUGCUUAUUUGGUUGUUCGAGCUCUCUGUACUGAUUGGUGUCCGGUACCUACAGACAGCAAUGAAGAAUGUCCUUCUGCUAGGAGAUCUGGAGGGUGAAUCAGAUGGUUGGUUACUAGAAAAUAGUUUUGUGGAAACUGCCAAAUACAACAUCAACAUCAUUAAGAACCUCGGCAAAGCCAACCAGAUCUCCACUGUCUCAGGCAUGAACGACCCCAACAUUAAUGUUCAAAACACAGACUGUGACAAAACUAAUAUUACAACAAAAUCUAUCCCUGCAGCUAGGUAGGCAAAUCUUCCAAGAAAAGACAUCACAAGUGUAGCUUUGCUCUAUUACAGUCCUACAGUCACCAGAUUUUAUCUGGUGGGGAAAAAAAAAAAAAAAAGUAGAAAAACUAGUAAAACAAUUGAACAAACCAGACUGGAGACAGCUCCAAAAAUGCUGAACCUUUGGAUGAAUGUGUUUUUACUUGUAAAAUCCCUGAUUCUCAACACUGCAAGAAACUUCUGGAAUUUCCCCCACUUUAUCUCCUUUACUUACAGACUUCUAUCAUGGUCUGAAUGCAUCAGAAUAAGCAUUAUGCACAAGCAAAUAUUUCAGACAGGGUGGGUUACAUGUACUAAGAGACAGAUUAGUUGAAUAGGUAUCAAAGACGUCAUUACAUGUAUAAAAAUCCCAGGAGCAGGGAUAUCCCAAAAGAAAUUAUUACACUGGAUAAAAAGUUUAUUUAUAACAAAGAAGACAAAAACUGAAAUGAAGUUUCUGCUGGUGCAAGUUAGGAAAGGGGAAAUUUUAACAAAAAUAUACAUAUAUUACAGCCACAAGAAUCCACCAUGUAUGUGAAACUGAGGUGAAGGCAAUAAAAGUUACCACAAAAGUA